UUUAGAAUAUAAUUAUAAAUGUAAUUUAUUAUUUAUUAGUAGUGUAUAGAAUAUAGAUACUAAGUAGGUACCUUCGAUUUUUUUCUAACGUUUAUUGUUUACUCAUUUUCAUUAUACAGUGAUUUAGCCUUCAUGACCCGUAAAUAUUAUUAUUUUUUUUGUUUGAAUAUUUUAGUAAUUUUGCACUGCAUUCUGCAUGUACUUUAAUUAAGGUAUUUCAAUCAGAAUAUUGAUCCAAACUUAAUAGUUAUUUAAGGUAUUUUAUAAAUGUUAUACUAUGUUUUAUACCCAGAUACAUAUUAUGGUUAUUUUGCUUAACAUAAUAAUCAUCCUUACAGAGUUUAUUUAGCUAACUAUAUUUGAGUGAUAUAUUUUUUUCGAAUUGAACGCCCAACGUUCUAUCUAAUAAUAUAUAUAAUCCAAUAAUCGAAUACACUUUUUAAAUUCAUACCAUUAUUUGUAUAAUUCCACCGUAAUACCUUAUAAGUUAUAAUAUAUUGUUUUUACAGUACAAAAAGUCAUUCGUUUAACUCAGGUUAGCUCAAUUUGUCUAUGGCAUAGCUUUGGCCGGGUUAUUAGACUAUCGAUUAAAUUUCAUACAACAAGGUUACAAGCUAUAGUUGUCUACAUGGUUUCUAUUGGCAACAUACAGCUUAAACAGAACCCCAGGAAUAUUUUCAGCAUUUUCAUAAAUAUGCUCCAACAUAUAAUAUGCAUUUCGGUGCAUUAUCACGCGAAUCAUCCAUAUGUGAUUGAAUUACAACGAGAACAAUUCUAAUUAAGCGAAACGGUCCGCCAUCGUCGGACAUAUUAUGUUCGACGGCAGCGGCGGCGGCAGAGGCGGCGGCGGCAGUGGCAGCAGUAGCGGUGGCGGCGGCCACAUGGACGUUAAAGUGGUGUACGCCAACCCGAACGGGACGCUGUCCAUACUGCCCGACACGGCAGCCGGUGUGUCACCGUGGCGUCCGUCAUCCGUGUCGCUGGCCGCGGUGUACCUGACGCUGUCGUCCGCGGCCAUCGCGUCCAACGUCAUGGUGCUGACGGGCAUCGUCACCGCGGACAGGCUGCGGUCGCCGUACGCAGUGCUCGUGUCCGCGCUGUGCCUGCAGUGCGCCAUGGACGCGGCGGUCGGCCACUACGCCACCACCAGAGAGCUGUUGACGGGCGGCGGCAGCGGCGGGGCCACCAUGUGCCGCGGCGUGGCCACCGUAACGGCCGCCCUGUCCGCCGUCGAGCUGGUCACAUUCGCCGCGCUCGCGUGUCUCAACACGUUCGUCCGGGCCGACUACGCCGAGCUGCCCCUGCCGGCCGCUGCCACCCUGUGGGCCGCCCCUUCCAUGUACACGUACGUCAUACUCACGCCCACGCUGCUGUUCACCACGCGAUAUUUCCCGUCCAGGGGUCGUUGCGGUUUCAUUGCAAAUACAACUGGAUGGUUUUACCCAUCUUUAUUGAUUGUUUUCAGUUUUAUGAUACCGUGGUCGAUAUCAUUUUAUUUUGUUUUUGUAUCCCGCCCUUCGACGACUACCAAUUCGGCCAAUGUCUUAGUGACACCCACCCAAACAAAAAGCCAAAUCGAUCUUGUACCGUCCAAAUUAAUUUUUGCAUCUUAUACAAUUCUUGUAACACCAAGUCUUAUUUCGUCUAGUGUUUAUCUUUAUAGCAACCCGAACAUCAAUCCUUGGGCCGAAAACGAAGCACCAGAAGACAUCUUAGAUGGCUUCUUGUCAAAACUGCCAAUUCUGUUUGACGUAUUUGUUCCGUUGGUCCUAAUAUACUAUCAUAAAGUGUUCAGAAAAAAAUGUAGGGAAUUGUAUUUACAUGGGUUUAGGAAUUCCGUCUCAGACGGCCGUCAAAUCUCUAUCGAAAGACUGAGACGAUCUAGAAAGAACGAAUGUUUAGCAGAUGACGCACCCGUAUUAUUUCUUGAACGGUCUGGCUUGAUAAACGUUAGGUUUCCGAGCGAAGACGGUUUCAUGAUGAAGGUGUGUGAUUUGAAUCAAAAAGAAGACAAUAAUUCAAAUGGCAGAAAAGAAGUUCGUUUUUCGAUAAAAGUGAGUAAAGCUCCUAACGAAAGUGGUAUUUAUAGUACAAAAGAACCUAGGGACGAAGAAUCGAGCCUUUGAUGGGAAAACAUAAAUACUAAGAAAAGUAAAGCAUUCUAAUUAUUACAUUCCAUAAUUUAAUUUAUGUAUAUCUAUGUGACUAUGUAAUAUAAAAUAAGUAUCAUGAUAUAUGAGGUAGAACAAAUUAUAAAAUUACAUUUAAUUUUUAUUGAGUCUUUGCAUUUAACGUAUAACAUAACAAUGGAAAACCGAAAUCAAAAUUAUAUUAUUUAAAAAUAACUUCACUGUAGACAAAUAAAAAUGUAAUG